AGAGCAGAGUUUUGAACAGAUCAGCUAGAAAUAACCGCUGUCAAAAACAAAUCGAUAAAUUACACGUGGCGUAGAUUGAACAUCGACACUCUCUUCUCUCGACCUUUUUCACGCGAUGUCGUUCGUAGGUCUCUCGGAGAAGAAACGACUCGUCAAAAUCUUCUCACUUCAGUUAGUUUGAACAACUAAGUUGAGAGCAUCCGAGUCGAAAGCUCAGCAAUGGCGGAGAUAGGAAAGACUCUACUUGACUCGGGAUGGCUUGCCGCCAGAUCCACUGAGGUUGAACUCACCGGAACUCAGCUCACCACCACUCAUCCACCCACUGGCCCAACAUCUCCUUGGAUGGAAGCUGUCGUCCCCGGAACUGUUCUGGCAACUCUAGUAAAGAACAAAGCUGUUGCUGAUCCAUUCUAUGGCUUGGAGAAUAAGAUGAUCAUUGAUAUAGCUGAUUCUGGAAGGGAGUACUACACAUUCUGGUUUUUCACAAAAUUUGAGUGUAAGCUGUCAGGAACUCAGCAUUUAGAUCUAAAUUUUCGUGGAAUCAAUUACUCUUCAGAGGUGUACUUAAAUGGCCACCAAAAGGUCCUCCCUAAAGGGAUGUUUCGAAGACAUUCCCUUGAAGUCACUGAUAUCCUAAAUCCUAAUGGUGCUAACUUGCUGGCUGUUCUUGUUCACCCUCCAGACCAUCCUGGGAGCAUUCCCCCUGAGGGUGGGCAAGGUGGGGAUCAUGAGAUUGGAAAAGAUGUUGCCACACAAUAUGUUGAGGGUUGGGACUGGAUAGCUCCAGUGAGGGAUAGGAACACUGGUAUUUGGGAUGAAGUCUCGAUAUCUGUUACUGGGCCGGUAAAAAUAAUUGAUCCACACUUGGUGUCAUCAUUUUUUGACAAUUACACGAGGGCAUACUUGCAUGCAACAACUGAAUUGGAAAACAAAAGUGCUUGGCUUGUCGAGUGUUCUUUGAAUAUCCAAGUGACAACAGAACUUGAAGGAAGUGUUUGCUUGGUGGAGCAUCUCCAGACUCAACGUGUUUCAAUCUCUGCUGGUGCAUCUAUCCAGUAUACAUUUCCUCAGCUUUUCUUCUACAAGCCCAAUUUAUGGUGGCCAAAUGGCAUGGGAAAGCAAUCUCUGUAUAAUGUCAGCAUUACUGUUGAUGUGAAGGGAUACGGAGAGUCUGAUUCAUGGGGCCAUCAAUUUGGUUUUCGCAAAAUUGAAUCUCAUAUCGAUAGUGCUACCGGAGGGAGGUUGUUCAAGGUGAAUGGACAGCCUAUUUUUAUCCGUGGUGGUAACUGGAUAUUGUCAGAUUGUUUGCUACGGCUUUCUAAGGAGCGUUACGAAACAGACAUAAAAUUUCAUGCAGAUAUGAAUCUAAACAUGAUUCGUUGUUGGGGUGGUGGGUUGGCUGAGAGGCCAGAAUUUUAUCAUUGUUGUGAUGUUUAUGGUUUGCUGGUAUGGCAGGAGUUUUGGAUUACUGGUGAUGUUGAUGGAAGAGGUAUCCCAGUAUCAAAUCCAAAUGGCCCACUUGACCAUGAUCUGUUCAUGCUAUGUGCCAGAGAUACUGUCAAGCUUUUAAGGAAUCAUCCUAGUCUUGCGCUCUGGGUUGGUGGAAACGAACAAGUUCCACCAGCUGACAUCAACACAGCUUUAAAGAAUGACCUGAAACUACAUCCACUUUUUGAGAACCACAGUGAAAAUAUAACAUCUGUGAAAGAAUUGUCGACUGUGUUCGAAGACCCUAGCCACUAUCUGGAUGGCACACGUGUUUAUAUCCAAGGAUCAAUGUGGGAUGGCUUUGCUAAUGGAAAGGGAGACUUCACUGAUGGCCCUUAUGAAAUUCAAAAUCCUGAAGACUUCUUCAAGGAUGACUAUUACCAAUAUGGUUUCAACCCUGAGGUUGGUUCUGUAGGAAUGCCAGUUGCUGCUACUAUCAGAGCAACCAUGCCUCCAGAGGGAUGGCAAAUUCCAUUAUUUAAGAAGCUUCCCAAUGGUUACACAGAAGAAGUUCCAAAUCCCAUUUGGGAUUACCAUAAAUAUAUUUCUUAUUCAAAACCUGAAAAGGUUCAUGACCAGAUCGAACUGUAUGGGACACCAAAGGGUCUGGAUGAUUUUUGCUUGAAGGCUCAACUUGUUAACUACAUUCAGUAUAGAGCUCUAUUAGAGGGUUGGACCUCCCGUAUGUGGAGCAAAUACACUGGGGUUUUGAUUUGGAAGACACAAAACCCAUGGUCAGGUCUUCGAGGUCAAUUUUAUGAUCACCUCUUAGACCAGACAGCAGGUUUUUAUGGUUGUCGCUGUGCAGCGGAGCCAAUUCAUGUUCAGCUGAAUCUUGCUACAUAUUUUAUAGAGGUAGUCAAUACUAUGUCAGAGGAAUUGUCAAAUGUCGCCGUAGAAGCAUCAGUAUGGGAUCUUGAAGGAGCUUGUCCUUAUUACGAAGUUUUCGAUAAGCUUUCCUUGCCACCAAAGAAAGUAGUUACCAUUAGUGAGAUGAAGUACCCGAAGUCUAAAAAUCCAAAGCCAGUGUACUUUCUCCUUCUCAAACUCUACCAAUUGUCAGAUUAUACCAUUAUAUCCCGAAAUUUUUACUGGUUGUAUCUUUCUGGUGGAGAUUACAAGCUGCUGGAACCAUACAGCAACAAGAGAAUACCUCUUAAGAUAACAUCAAAGACGUUUAUCAAAGGUUCCUCUUAUGAAAUCCAAAUGAACGUGCAAAACAAAUCUGAGAAACCAGAUCCCAAAAUGUUAACCUACAAGAACAAUUAUGCUACCAGAAAUGAUGAUGGUGACUUUGAUAUGGCUUCACUGGAACCUAUUCACGAUGAAACUGGGGAGAAACAGAAAGCUGGUUUAUUUCAGAGACUUUAUGGACAAUUGUCAAGGGAAACUGAUGGUUUGAAGGUUGCAGAGAUAAACGGAUCUGAUGUUGGAGUUGCUUUCUUCCUUAAUUUCUCCGUUCAUGCUUCAAAUACAGAUCACAAGGAAGGAGAAGACACUAGAAUACUCCCAGUUCAUUACUCGGAUAACUAUUUUUCACUAGUGCCUGGUGAGGAGAUGUCCAUUAAGAUCUUGUUCCAGGUCCCUCAAGGUGUCACUCCAAGAGUAGUACUUAAAGGCUGGAACAACCAUCAAGGAGGGCAUACUGUUCUUUGACCUAAUACUUGCAGUUCUUCAAAUCCUUCUUCUCUGUGAUUAGAUUUUGAGGUUGGUCAUCAGCACAAGAUCUCAAACAAUAGUUCAUACUGUUGAGAAUUCUGGUUAUUCCUGUUGCAUUGGUUUCUUUUCUGCCUUUCGGUUAAACAAGCUUCAGUGGAGGUUUAUGAUAGUGCAACUUGUCCCGUUUCUUUUGUAAUUUCCUCCAUCUGCUAUGAUGUAAAUAAUCUCCAGGGAGAGAAGUUUUAUUCAUGGGCAUUCCUCUUGUUUAAAUAAAUCUUGUAGCUGGUUAAGUGAUAAAUAAAUUAAAUUUAAUUGGGUUGUAAUUUUUUUUAC